GCUCAACUUGCUAACUUUAUAAUGGAGCGACAGUGAUCGAUGGAUCGAUAAGACGGUACCGUAUGCACAACGAAACGCAAGCAGUAGGUGGGAUCGCAGAGAAGCAGAGCAGCGUGUAUACGAGACGAGCCGACGAUGAUUCCGGCGGCGCGGACGAUGAUGGUGUUGGUGCUGCUCUGCUCGGCGGUCGUACGAGGUGCAGCAGCAGCAGCAGGGCCGCCGAGCUGCCCGACCAGCUGCGGCGGCGUGAGCGUGCCGUACCCGUUCGGCAUCGCCGACGGCUGCUACUGGCCGGGCUUCAACCUCACCUGCGACCGGACGCGCGGCCAGCCGCCGCGGCUCCUCGUGGGCGACGGCACCCUCCAGGUCACGGAGAUCUCCCUGGCCAACUCCACGGUGCGCGUCCUGGACACCGCGGGCGCCGUGAACCUCACCUUCGACGGGGUCGCCGACGGCAACGGCACGUGGGGCGGCGGCCUGGGCGCGGGCGGCCCUUUCGUGGUGUCGGAGCGGCACAGCCAGCUCGUCGUCACGGGCUGCAACGUCCAGGCCACGCUGGUCGGGGGCUCCCGCGGCGGCGUGGGCGGGGGCGGGAACGUCAUCAGCGGCUGCUCGUCCUUCUGCUCCAUCAACGACAUGUGGACGGGCGCCGUCACGAGCAGCUCCCCGGCGGAGUCCGGCUCAGGCGCGUGCUCCGGGAUCGGGUGCUGCGAGACGCCCAUCCCCAUCGGCCGUCCGUCCUACCGCGUGCGGUUCAAGUGGCUGGACCCGGACCACGAGUACGACGACCAGCUGCCCAUCGCGGUGCGUGUCGCCGAGCGCGGCUGGUUCGAGGGCGCCUCCGCCGCGCUUCUCAACGGCACGCCCGGGUACUCCGCCACGCGCCGGGCGCCGCCGGCGGUGCCCGUGGUGCUGGAGUGGGCGGUGGACUCGAAGCCCGUGGUGCUGCCGGGGGUGGCCACGUCUGGCUGCCCCGUGGACGCGGCGAGGGGGAGCGCGUGCCGCAGCGGCCACAGCUCCUGCCGCAACGUCACCGGCAACUACCGCAGCGGCUACGUCUGCCGGUGCCAGGACGGGUACCAAGGGAAUCCUUAUCUCGUCGGCGGCUGCCAAGACGUCGACGAGUGCGCGCUGCCGGGCAUGUGUUUCGGCGACUGCACCAACACGGACGGAGCAUACCUGUGCCGGUGCCCACGCGGCGCUCGCGGCAACCCCCGCAUCAAGGAUGGCUGUGUCAAAUCGUCGCUAGGUUUAAGUGUCGGCAUAGGGGUUGGCAGUGGCGCUGGCAUUUUACUGCUGGCACUCAGCGCCAUGUUUCUGACCCGGAAGCUGAAGCAUCGGAGGGCAAAAUUGCUGAGGCAGAAAUUCUUCAAGCAGAAUCGUGGGCAUUUGUUGCAACAAUUGGUGAAUCAAAAUGCGGACAUCGCUGAGAGGAUGAUCAUCCCCUUGGCAGAACUCGAGAAGGCCACCAAUCAUUUUGAUAAAGCUCGUGAGAUCGGCGGAGGAGGGCAUGGUACAGUCUACAAGGGGAUCCUGUCGGACCUGCACGUCGUGGCGAUCAAGAAGUCCAAGCUCGCGAUUAAAAGGGAGAUUGAUGAGUUCAUCAACGAGGUGGCCAUCCUCUCGCAGAUCAACCACCGAAAUGUAGUGAAGCUCUUUGGGUGCUGCCUCGAGACGGAGGUGCCGCUUCUGGUGUAUGAGUUUAUUCCCAACGGAACCCUUUACCAUCAUCUUCACGUUGAAGAAUACGCGACGUCACUGUCAUGGGAGAACCGGCUGAGAAUUGCUACCGAAACCGCGAGAGCCCUCGCGUACCUUCACUCGGCCGUGUUACUCCCUAUAGUCCAUAGGGAUAUCAAAUCCCAAAACAUUCUAUUGGAUGGUACUCUGAUUGCAAAGGUAUCAGAUUUUGGGGCUUCGCGAGGCAUUCCAGUCGAUCAAACAGGGGUGGUUGCUACCGCUAUCCAAGGGACACUAGGGUACCUAGACCCCAUGUAUUGCCGCACAGGGCGCCUCACUGACAAGAGUGACGUCUAUAGCUUCGGCGUCCUCCUCAUGGAGUUGCUUACUAGGAAGAAACCGUAUUUGUACCGGACAUCAGAGGAGGACAACCUCGUCACGCAUUUCACCACCCUACUUGCGGAAGGCGAAAUAGCUGGCAUGCUAGAUCCCCAAGUCACGGAGGAAGGAGGCAAAGAGGUUGAAGAGGUAGCUUUGUUGGCGGUGGCAUGUGUGCGUUUGCAAGGAGAGCACCGGCCCACCAUGAGGCAGGUGGAAAUGACACUAGAGAGCCUACGAGCACCGCAUGAGAACGUUGUGAUGCCUGACAUGGACGCACCAAGAGACGUAGUGGUUGAUUGUACAAUUAAGGAGGAGACGAGACAAUAUAGCUUAGAAGAAGAGUAUUUGUUGUCAUCGAGGUACCCCCGGUAGUAAGGAAGUCUUUAAUCUUAUGUGAGUUCAUUUCAGUUAGAAUUUUGGACUUGAUGCUUCUAAGUCCUCUCAGAAAUAAUCAUUCAUCAUUUGAUAGCAUAAUUUCUAAAACACUCUUACUAAAGUUCUAUUGGAAGAGAAAAA